AUCUCUCGUAAUAAUAUUGUUAUUGGUGUAUAUAUUAGGAAGGAUUUUCAUCUUCCACCGAAAGGAUUUCCCAGUUGUGCCAUUAAAUCACCAUUAAAGACCAUGGCUGCAAAACCUGAAGAAAAUUCUAAAGUAGAAGAAGAGCCCCAUGAACCAUCCCCAACAACAAAAGAUGAUGCACCACAACCAAAACUUGAUGAUGAUGAUGAUCAUCAUCAUCAACAAUCAUCUGCAAACGAACCGCGAUCAUCUUCAUCAUCGGAGGAAGAUACUAAGCAAUGGGGUACCCACGUCAUGGGCCCGCCGGCGAUCCCUAUUGUCCACCCGGAUAACCAGAAGGCCGCUUUAUGGGUCGCCGGCGACCAUCAGCAAAUUCACGAGCUGCCUUACCUCGUUUACACUCCUGCUGAAAAACCGACCCAAAAUUCAUUUGAACUUGUGAUUAACGUUUUCAAUACUUGGAGUAGGAAGGCCGAGACCGUCGCACGCAGCGUCUGGCACAACCUGAGAAGUGGAUCGUCGGUAUCGGAUGCUGCGUGGGGUAAAGUAAACCUAACGGCGAAAGCCAUAACAAAGGGUGGGUUCGACUCACUUUUCAAGAAGAUAUUUGCAACUGAUCCAAAUGAAAAGUUGAAGAAUGCAUUUGCUUGUUACCUCUCCACAACAACAGGCCCUGUUGCAGGGACUCUUUAUUUAUCCACUGCUAGGGUUGCCUUUUGCAGUGAUCGUCCCUUAUCCUUCGUUGCUCCAUCGGGUCAAGAGACUUGGACCUACUAUAAGGUUAUGAUACCUUUGUUCGAUAUCGGAACGGUAUAUCCGGUGGUAAUGAAAGAAAACCUGGCAUCGGAGAGCUACAUCGAGGUCGUUACCGUUGAUGGCCACGAUUUUUGGUUCAUGGGAUUUGUUAAGUUUGAAAAAGCAUCGUUUGAACUAUUGAACAAUGUGCUAGAUUUCAAGGCAACAACUGAGCCAGUGGCUGCCUAGUUGGGGGAACCAUCUUCGGAUCGAUCCUACGUACCAUAUUAUAUACUCCAAAUUUUAAUUUUCUAAGUUAAUUAUGUUUGGUACGUUAGCUUGAAUAGUGAAGGCUAAAACUUGUGAAUGUGUGCCUAAAAGGCUAAAACUAGAGGAGGCCUCCUCAAAAUGUAUUUCCACUUUCAAUUAGAUUGUGGAGUGUGAAAUUGUAUUAAAAAAAUUACAAUAA